GCUUCACGAGCGGGGUGUCCUGUGCUGCGUGGGCCCUUCUCAGUGGACUGCCGCAGAAGCAAAACCUUAACUCGAAGAAUACGUCUGAUCAUAUUCAGCUCCAGCAUCUGAACCAUGAGGAUCUGGUGGCUCCUGCUUGUCACUGGAAUCUGCACAAGAAACAUGAACUCGCAGGACACAUGCAGGCAAGGGCACCCUGGCAUCCCUGGGAAUCCUGGUCACAAUGGUUUGCCUGGGAGAGACGGACGAGAUGGAGCAAAGGGCGACAAGGGCGAGGCAGGAGAACCAGGCCAUCCUGGUGGUCCGGGGAAGGAUGGAAUGGCUGGAGAGAAAGGAGAACGAGGAGCAGAUGGAAAAGUUGAAGCCAAAGGCGUCAAAGGCGAUCAAGGCUCACGGGGACCCCCGGGGAAACAUGGGCCAAAGGGAUUUGUUGGUCCCAUGGGAGAGAAAGGUCUCAGGGGAGAGACUGGCCCUCAAGGGCAAAAGGGGGAUAAAGGCAAUGUGGGGCCCACUGGUCCAGAAGGGCUAAAGGGCAGCACUGGGCCUUUGGGCCCAAUGGGUCUACCUGGCCCCGUGGGCCCCAUUGGGAAGCCUGGCCCCAAGGGAGAUGCUGGGCCCUUGGGACCCCAGGGAGAUCCAGGAGUCCGGGGAAUGAGAGGCUGGAAAGGGGACCGAGGCGAGAAAGGGAAAAUUGGUGAGACUCCAGUCUUGCCCAAGAGUGCUUUCACGGUGGGGCUCACGGUGCUAAGCAAGUUUCCUAGUUCAGAUGUGCCCAUUAAAUUUGAUAAGAUCCUGUAUAAUGAGUUCAGUCAUUACAACGUGGCCACGGGGAAGUUCAUUUGCCACAUUGCCGGCGUCUAUUACUUCACCUACCACAUCACCGUUUUCUCCAGGAACGUUCAGGUAUCUUUGGUCAAAAAUGGGGUGAAGAUACUGAACACCAAGGACGGCUACAUGAGCUCUGAGGACCAGGCAUCGGGCGGCCUGGUGCUGCCACUGAAGCUGGGGGACGAGGUGUGGCUGCAGGUCACGGGCGGGGAGAGGUUCAAUGGCUUGUUCGCAGAUGAGGACGACGACACGACCUUCACAGGCUUCCUUCUAUUCGGCAGCCAGUGA